AUGCAAAUUCUCACCUUGAUUGUGCCGUCUAGUAAUGGCCUUACUGCUGUGCAAGUCAAGUACAUUGCCCAGAGCCGGCGCUACCGCCAAUAUGUUGCGCGCCAAAAGCCAUUCUUAGAUAAGCAAAAGGUCCUAAAGCGUCUAGAAUGGGCUUGCGUGAACUGGUUUAGGAACUGGGAUGAAGCCAUUUGGACUGACAAGCUCCAGUUGGGGACCGGCAAUCACUCAGUUCACCCAAUGGUCACCCGGAAACCCGGAGAGGCAUAUCUCCCGGAAUGCCUAGCCCCAACCUUUCAAAGUGGCCAUGAAGCAUUAAUGGUAUGGGGGUGUAUCUCCCAUGGGUAUAAGGGGCCACUUAUCCAACUGGAGAUGGCUCCCUGGCUGCAAUUGCGUAAUGGGAGGUGGAGGGGGGGAGGGUUCAACUCAGAAGGAUAUGUUAUGCAGGUCCUAAAUGGUCCACUUAAGGACUUCAUUGCACAGAUGGAGAAAGUCAAGGGACACAGGAUGCUAGUAGUUGAAGAUGGGGCCCCAGCACACAAAGGAAAGCUAGCCAAACAGGCUUGUGAAGAACUUGGUAUUAAACACAUUGCACACCCCCCAAGUUCACCAGACCUAAACCCAAUAGAACCAUUAUGGAUGGAACUUAAGCGACGUGUGUACAGUACCCCUGGGGCCCGAAGAAGUCUUGAGCACCUUUGGAAUGCCACUGAAGCUGCCUGGAAAUCCUUCACAGCAGAUGAUAUCAAUAAGUACACACGGAAAAUGCCAUCUUGGUACUACCAUGGCUACUUGUACGACGAUUUGACGCAUUGGCAAUUCGAGUUUGCCUACUAUUGGUUUUGGAGCUAUGCUGUGGGAAUUGGUGGUAUGACAUACGGGAACUUUGUUUCUUCCGAGGAUGGACCCAGAUUAAGCUUGUUAGACCAGCUACUCGAGCUUGGACGCACCCAUUGGGAUACUGCCAGAGGCUAUGGUGAUUCUGAAGAGUUAAUCAGUAACUGGUUCAAACGUACCGGAAAAUAUGACCAGAUCUUCUUGGUAACGAAGUUUGGGGUAGAUUCCAGCCAACCUGGCGGGCUGCGUGCAAAUGGGACACCAAAAUGUGCCGAAAAAUGCUUCAAUGAUUACCUAGAGAAAUUGGGUGUCGAUAUCAUCAGCUUGCCUGGAAAGAUUCGCCAUAUUGGGCUUUCCCAACCUUCAUUUGCAACAAUCCGUCGCGCUCACAAGGUCCACCCAAUCGUCGCUAUUCAGGUCGAGUAUUCGCCAUUUGAGCGUUUGAUUGAACAACAAGAACACCUUCUGGAAAUAGCGCGAGAGCUUGUAACUGCUGUUAUGGCCUAUUCUCCCUUGGGCAAAGGCUUACUCACAGAGCAAACCGAUCACUUUUCGGAUGGCGACUUCCGAAAGCAAAUCCGGAAAUAUUCUCAGGAGAAUUUCCAGAAAAUUCUGAAGCUAAUCGAUGGGUUCAAGCAAAUCGGAAAGGCCCAUGAUGCUACUUCGGGACAAGUGGCUCUUGCAUACUUGCUUGAGCAAGGGGACGAUAUUAUCCCCAUAUCAGGAUGA